AUGAAACUUUUUCUGAAGGGCAUAUCUAAACGGCAUCCCACCCUCCCCGAUAGGCGUCUACCCAUUACUCUCCCCAUCCUCAAAGACCUGCUCAUCGCCCUUCAGUUAAAACCCUACUCCCCCUAUCUGAAAUCUCUCCUCUCAACCUCGUUUCUUUUGGCUUUUUACGGCCUCCUCCGCCUGGGCGAGUUCUCCACUCCAGAUAAUUUUUUCGUCCCCUCCCGAGAUCUAGCGGUCUCGGACCUCAAGUUCCACCCCGACUUCUACAGCUUGUCUCUCAAACAUUCCAAGUCCAGGGGCGCGUGUACCAUCGUCGUGGCUCGCACCAACGGCCCUUUCUGCCCCUUCCGCGCCAUGUUCAAGUUUGCUCUCCUACGUCACAAGUUAACUCCCCCUUCCGGGCCCCUGUUCAUCACUCCCGAGGGCCACCCCAUGUCCGCCUCCUGGUUCGUUAACAACCUGAGGGAGCUCCUGGCUUCAUGCAACCUCCCGUCCAGUCAGUUCUCGGGCCACUCUUUUAGAAUAGGGGCCGCCACGUCUGCAGCCGCUCAGAGCAUCCCCGCCACGACCCCUCAGCAGCUCGGACGAUGGUCGUCCUCAGUGUUCUCAGCGUACAUCCGCCCAGACGUCACCUCUGUACUCGCAGCCCAACGCCUCAUCUUCACUCAUCUCCAUCCCUCUUCAUCCUCUACCGUCUACCGUGACCCGGCCCAGCUGGCCUACAUCUACCAGCCUCUCACCAACAUACGCUCCGGCGUCCCCUGCUGGCCUUCAUCUACCAGCAUCCCCUCGCUCUGCGCCCCGCGGCAACCUCUGCUGGCCUACAUCUCCCAGCAGCCAGUCACUACCGCUCCGGGGCGCCCCCUUUUGGCCCUUAUCCACCUCACUCCUUAUCGAGUCCCUAGCUUCGGCCCCGGCCUCUGCCCCGUUUUGGGGGGUUUACAUUCCCUCGCUGCAUCAGGAAUGUUCAUCGAGCUUAUCGAAGUCCAGCUCGACGUCCCUGGCCGGGGCCUGAUCGCCAAAGAACUUUUGCCUCCCUCUCCGCACCCGGACCUAUCAACGCAGGUCCACGCCUCACUCCAGCCAAUCAUCGUCCAGGCUCAGGUUCAAAAGGACCUUCACUCCAAGCCUCCUCCGCUUACCAGCCCCGAUCAACCCNUCAGCAUCUAUAGAGACGUCAUUUGUUCUGUCUACCCCGACCGUCGAGUCGAAUUAGAUGCCUACCUCGCUCUUAUUGCUGAUCUCCACAUCCAAUAUGGCAGCCCACCCCAAGUCAGUCUGCCCCCGCCGCCCGUUUCCAAUGAAAAACCGUCGAGAUUCCAAGCUUUAGUUUCUUGGCACCUCUCUACUCCCAUACACGUCUCAGUACUAGCGUCUCUUCUCCAGUUCCACCCCGAUCGCACCUUCGUUAAUUUUCUAAUCUCCGGUCUUUCUCAGGGCUUUCUGAUCGGCGCCCCUCAGUCCCCCUUCCCUUCCCUCUCUAUCCCUAACCUUCAAUCCGCGCUCCAAGAACCGGCAGUCGUUUCUUCGCUCCUCCAAAAGGAGGUGUCCAAAGGCUACGCUAUCGGUCCCUUUAGAUCCCCCCCUUUUCCCCGCUAUCGCGUUAAUCCCCUCGGAGUCGCUACUCGCAAAUAUUCGGGGAAAAAACGGCUCAUCUUGGACCUGUCUGCUCCCCACUCAGGUCCCCACGCUAGCAUUAACAGUCUCAUCCCAAAACCACCCUUUUCUCUUUUUUACGCUUCCGUCGAUCACGCUAUCUCGCUCAUUAAAACGGCCGGGCGGCGCGCCUGGCUCGCCAAAGCCGACAUCACAGACGCUUUUAAGAUCAUGCCCGUGCAUCCGUCCCAGUGGCAUCUGCUGGGAGCCCGAUGGGAAGGCAAAUAUUAUUUUUUCGUGCGCCUUACGUUUGGUUGCAGGAGCAGUCCCCACCUAUUCAACACGCUGUCCGAAGCUCUCUGCUGGAUUCUCCUUAACGUCUCUAGACUCCCCUCCGUGCUCCAUCUCCUCGAUGAUUUUCUGCUCAUCGAUUCCCCCUCUUCCCCCCCCACCUCGCUGCAAACCCUGAAAGACCUCUUCCUCCGCGUCGGCGUUCCUCUCUCCCGCGAAAAAACUCUCGGCCCAUCCACUAAGCUCGAAUUUCUCGGCAUUAACCUCGAUUCCGAUCAGAUGCUAGCUUCCCUGCCCGAGGACAAAUUGGCCCGCAUUCGUCAGAUCUCCCGCAGUCAUCUUUCAUCCUCCGUCCUGUCCAAACGCGACCUUCUCUCGCUGCUCGGGCACCUCAACUUCGCCAUGCGCAUUAUUCCGCAAGGGCGCUCCUUCAUCUCCCGGCUUCUCGAUCUCGCUAAUUCGGUUCCUCACCUGCUCGAUCAGGUCUCUCUGGACGACGGCUGCCGCUCCGAUCUCUCCUUCUGGUCCGAACUGCUAGACCGCUGGAACGGCAUCUCUUUUUUUUUUUUACGAGGACGUCAUCUCCCCCGCCGACGAUAUGCAGUUCUUCACAGACGCGGCACCUUCUGCGGGCUUCGGCGGGUUUUUCCAGGACAGAUGGUUCGCUGUGAAAUGGCCCCUACCUUUUUCCUCGCUCCGAAUCCUCGGCUUUUUAUGAAAUCAUUCCCAUUGCUGCCGCUUGCUGCGUCUGGGGACAUUUAUGGGUUCGCAAACGUAUCGUCGUUUUCUGCGAUAACACUGCUGUCGUGGAGGCCAUCAAUAAAGGUCGCUCCUCCUCCAGUUCUAUCAUGCCUUUCCUACGCCGUAUUACAUGGCAAUCCGUGAUCCAUAAUUUUAUCAUCUCCGCGCGUCAUGUCCCGGGCCACGCUAAUGCCAUCGCUGACGCUCUCUCUCGCCUUCGUUUCCAGACUUUCCGUCAACUCUGCCCAUCAGCCAGCCCCUUUCCAACUCCGGUGCCCUCUCUCGGGAGCCUCUGCCUGAACUAGUUCCCGCCUCCC